AUGGCCUCCUGCUUAGUCUACAUUGGUAGAUUCCUUUUCUUCGUCUUAGCAGGCCUCCAGGCCUACUCGCUGGCUUUGUAUCUUGCAAAAUACAAACAAAAAGAUGGUUUCUAUGGAUUGGUCGCCCUGUACGCUUCUGCAAUUGUUCUAAGGCUUUACAUCAUGUUCGACUACAAGAAAUUACAAUUGUUAUUAGCUGUUUGGACGUGCUAUAUCGUUGGUUUCGUAAUCUUCGUUGAGAUCAUAUUUGGAGGAGACGAACCGAUUAAAGAUAACUUUGACAAAGCUAAAUUCUUCGGUCCAAACAUUCUAAAGACGACACUUUGCCGUUCCCUGGUGAUUAUUUCGUUGCUUUCAAGUACGGGAAGGGAUUGCAUCGUCUACCGAGACCUGAUCCGGCAGUUGUCUCUCCGAAUGACGUUGGAUCUCUUCGAUGGAGUGGAAAAGCUGGUCAUUAUCGAAGAGAAUAAAUAGAGCCAUGGCGAUUAGUAAGGUAGAUUUUGAGUAAUCAGUAUGGUGCCUGUGAUCGGGAUAAUUUAAUUUAAUUGAUGUUCGUCUUUUAAUGGAAGAGGAAGUGUUACCUAAGUUUUCUUUUGUUUUUUUAUAGAAGUUUUCUACAUAUGUACUCAUCCAUUAGAGUGAAUCUGCAUAACCCGUUCGUUAUAAGCUAAUGCUGAGUUUGUCACUAGAUGCUAAGGAAAGGAACAGUUAUGGACGGUUGUGAACAUCUAAUCAAAUACAUCUUCACCGCUAAAUUUGCCCGUGAAAAUUCCCAAUCAAGCAAUGCUGCAAUAGCUAAUGAUUUUCGUCGGGUGGUGCACGGUGACUGUAAAGUCACACAAAUCGGAAAAAGGCGAGUAUAUUCAAAAGCUCCACACGAAUGUAAGCACCUUCAUAACCUCUCCGCUCCACUUAAUUUUCUUGACAUUAUUACAUGUGUUAUUAGGUCUGAAAUCAUAUGCGCAUAUGAGUGAUUUCAAAAUCAAAGAAGUGUGCGGCACGAGGCACGAGUUUAGACACCACUUUAUUACGUCCAUUUUGAAAUGGCAAAAUUUAGGCCUUCAGAUACAGGACAUUUUAGUCUGUAAAAAUGCUUUUUUGAUCCAGUCGUGAGCUGGUCUUCAAAAGGCUGCAAAAGCCGUUUUUCAAUUUCAUCGGGUGGGAGAAAGAUGCAAUUUAGAGAAAAAAGGGUGCUUUUUGUAAAUAAAUCAUAAUUACUUUGGGUGGCAACACGAGGGAUGAUUUCCUAAUUACUCCACAACUAAAAUUCAGUAGUAAGUAAUUAAUUAAUUUAAUUAAGUAAACAUAUCGAUUGGAAGGUGGGGACAGAAGAAGAAUGGCACCUAGACUAGGAACUUUUUAAAGCAAUUUAAAGAAUAGACGGGAUGGCUCGAGGAAGGUGAAAGAAGGUGAAAGGUGAAAGGUGCAACUCACAAAGGGAAUUUGGGAAAUGAAACGAAACACUAAGGGACGAAAUCGAAGAACAAGCCAAGUCAUAUAUCGUGCAUUUUUUACCAAAAAUCGUGACUAUCGCCUGAUGAUUUUUUCUAUUGUUAUCUAAGCCACAUUUUACUGUUAGUAGCUGCUUUAUUUUGCAUGUCUUGCUGUAAGUUGGGUGCCUUUUAGUCCGUUACCUGAUACCUGCCUUUCUUUGUCAACUAACAAUGUUAGUUGAGUAGUGGUAAAGUUAAAUAAGAAAGUAGAAGAAAUAACUGUCUGUAUUGGCGGGCAAACUCAUUUCUGCUUUACUUUAAGAAACAUGCAGUUGUAUCGAUCUAAGUUUGAAAUACGUGUUUAGGAGCAAAGAUACAUUGAUGCAUAAUAUGCAUGUAAACGACCUCAUUAGUUAGUAAUUUUGUUACCUGUGUUUGCCGAGACAGAAACGGUAGCAUCUUGGAUAAUUGGGUACAUAAAGUCAGGAGGCUUUCCAGGAAAACUUGAGAUCCGUUAGUCUUUGAUAAUUUUUUUUUCCUGAGAAAAAGAAUAAAUUUGUUCUAAUGACGCAUCUUUAGAUUGAUUAUCAAUUUAAAGUCCUCAUUACGGGGUGAACGGAGUUUUCCAGUGUCUGAGCAUUCCUCUUAAGUCUACCACAACAAGAGCAAUUUGAGUCUUAAAAUGUCUCAAUCUUUGUUGGCUUGCCUCCUUCGCUUCAUAUCCAACACGCUACGAAAAUCAAAAUAACUGGUAUACUUUUCUUCUCUCUACAUCCCAUCCUUGA